AUGAGUUUACCCCUCAAUCCCAAGCCUUUUCUGAAUGGACUGACAGGAAAGCCAGUGACGGUGAGACUGAAGCGGGGCAUGGAGUACAAGGGCUACCUGAUCUCCAUUGAUGGCUACAUGAACAGGAAGCUUGCAAAUACAGAAGAAUACAUAGAUGGGGCAUUGUCUGGACAUCUGGGUGAAGUUCUAAUAAGGUGUAGUAAUGUCCUCUAUGUCAGAGGCAUUGAAGAGGAGGAGGAAGAUGGGGAAAUGAGAGAAUAG